CGACACCGCCGGACAAAGACGAACAACAAACCGACAAGUCCGACCGAACAUGGACAUGUCGCCCGUUUUCAUGGUGUAAUUAUUUCAUUUCCGCAUUGCAGCUGCUUAACAAUGGCUACCAUUCGACUUUCGACUAAUUCAUAACAUUGAUCAACUCUCCUUUCCCAUCCCACAUCACUUCUAUGCUGCUCUGUUCCCAACCCGUUGAUUCAACAUGUCUGACGCCUCUUCCACCUCGACGGUGCGUCCCGCAGUUCGGACGCCAGACGCGUUCUCCUCCUCACACCCUCUACCGAACUCCUUAUCCUCCCUGUCCUCGUCAAGACACUCCUCCUCCUCCUCUCAUGUGUCCAAAACGUAUAAACAAGCGUCGACUCUCUUCUUGACGCGACGCUUGCCCGAAGCCCUCUCCACCAUUCUCCCCGUCAUCCAAUCGUCGACAGGGACCGAUGAUCCGGCCGAUCCCGCCCCGGUGGCCAGGGCUUCACGCUCCACCAGGGUUAAAGUGUGGACGCUCUAUCUUACUAUACUGAACGCCAUUGUAGAGCUCGAUCCCGACGAGGGGAAAGAGGCCUUCGGCGGACAGGACUGGCGAGCAUUGUGCUCCAAAGUCAAAGACGGCGAGGUUUGGGAUGAGGUUGUCCGGUAUGGAUAUCAUGGUGUGGAAGGGGACCUUGAUCCGGACGUUGUUGUAAACCUUGCCACCCUCCUCCUCGCCCAUUCCCGAACCCAGCAUCUCAAUCAGAAACGGCUAGAGAACUAUCUCGCCGCGUCACUGGCACCUAAUCUCGAUCUCACCAACCGCUUCUCCGAAUCGCCGAAUCCCUCCGGAAGGUUCCAUUCCCGUCACCGGUCUCCGGCAAAGCGGACUGGCGGCACCGACACACCACAGGACCUGAACUCUAGAGUCAAGAUCCUCGAGCUCUACACACUCCAUGUCUUGCCGCGGAACGAAGAGUGGGAUUAUGCCCGGGAAUUCAUCAGCAUGAGCUCGAUCCUAGACGACGAGCGUAGGGAAGCCUUCCUGCAAGCACUGCAGAGCUUACAGGAUGACCAAGAAAAGGCGGAGCGCAGAGAGGCAGAAGCACGGCGCGAAGAGGAGGAGCGGCAAAGGCGCGAAAUCGAGGAGGCCAGACGCCUCAGGGCCAAGAACGAGGAACGGGAACGCAAGAGGUUAGAGGAGCAGAGGGCGCUUCGGGAUGGAAGCGAAGUGGACUAUGGCGUCGAAAAGACGCCGAGCAUAGCUGGGUCAAGCAAAGGAUCCAAGACCAACCGGCCGAACCCGGGUACCGCGCCAGGACCCCCGGCUCCUAAGGGGGGCCUGGCCCGGCCGAGGGGCAAGACCACGACUUCGGUGCCUACGUUCGGAACUCGUGCCACCAUGGUCAUGUCUCGCCUGGCGGGGCUCAUGGAGCAACUCAGAGCUUCGUUCCGGACCAAUCCCUUGCUCUUGAUGCGGUUACUAGCUUUUGUGCUGGGGCUUCUCCUCGUCUUGGGACAGAAGAACAUUCGGGAACGGGCGCAGCGGGUUAUCAAGACUGGAUGGGACAAAAUCAAGGCCACGGCGGGGAUGGGAGUCAAGGUGAGCUACAUGUAGCGCAAUCACUUACUCAGUGAUAAUCCUUAUGACGCAUGGGAGAACGUGCCGUGCCAAACUUGUAACUACUCGUACUGUGCUCUUCAGUUUCUAAUUUUUGAUGUAGCUUUUAAGGUAGUAGACAUGAUUGUACAGUACAGCCUUCCGUUACGUCCACUGAUCCUUGAGAAAUCGUGCAAGCCCGAACCAUUCCGAGGGUAUCUGUAUCAGCCAGUCGUCAAUAGAAAUUUCUGCCUCGCAGCCCAGUAAUGGAUCCUCCCCUUUGAAAACCCUCAUUGCUACC